AUGGCAUCGGAUCCGUCUCGGGCGAAGGCUUCCCUUCGCAGUGGUUCGAGCUUGGUGCAUGGGAACGAAGUUCUUGCGAGCCAGCAAGUUAAGGAGUUGCGACGCCGGAAAGAGCUGUUGGGUACAGGGAAGCCCUCUAAGGCGUUGCCCUCUAAGGCGUUGCCCACGGUUGUUUCCACAACCACGCCCCAGAAGACCUUGAAGAAGCAGAAGGUGGGAGAUGACGGUAAAGGACGUGAUCAGCCAGUGGAGGAGGCCAAGGAGAUGAGUGACCAUUCCCCUUCGGGCCACGCGCCACAAUCUCCACUCAGUCCUUCGCCUCUUAAGCCUAAGGAGAUAUUCCCUCAGGCGGAGCAGGAUGCUCAGACCCAAUCAUGUCACAAGACACCACCCUGGAACAAGAGCUCUCCCUUUCAUGCCGAAAGGCGCAUCAGCCUGCGCCUGUCGGAGAACAAAAAGCUAGCAGAUGAGAACAUGCACUUGGAGGGUGAAGUUGCUGAGCUUAGGUGGCGUGAUCCUCGGCAGAAGCGUUUUGUUUACACUUGGGUGCGUGAUGCUUGGCAACCACCUGUGGCUUCUGUGUUGGACUCCGAUAAAAACAUCCUCUCGAUGGACCCUUCGGUUAUUGAGAACGUGCUUUGGCAAAAGUGGCAGCCCAUUUUCUGUCCUGACCCGGACCAAGAGUCCUUGCCUGACUUUGAUGCCUUUUGGAAUCGUUUUGGUCAUUACACAGUUGCUGCCCCGGUUACCUUGCCGCCCUUGACGGGCGUACAGCUGCGUGAUGCUGUGCUUCGCAUGUCUGACCAUUGUUCUAGUGGGGCUGAUGGCUGGGCUAUCUCCGAAAUCAAAACGUGGCCUCCUUUGCUUUUUGACAAACUAGCUGAGCUCCUGUGUGCGGUUGAAGCCUCCGAUGGUGACUGGCCGGAAGAUCUCCUACUACAAAUUGUGACCCUUGUGCCAAAAGAUGAAUUUGACCAACGUCCGAUCUCUGUCAAUUCGGUCGUCUAUCGCAUGUGGGCUUCUGUCAGGGCAACCCAACUUUGCUCUUGGCAGGAGUCUUGGGCGCAUCCGACACAGUUUGGCUAUCGUCGUGGCAAGCGUAGUGUUGACCCUGCUUGGUGUUCUGCUGCUGCUGCUGAGCAUGCCUGGCUAUCACAGGCCCAUCGCGUUGGGUUUUCCUUGGACCUGGCAAAAGCAUAUGAUCGCAUUCCGCAUGAGAUCCUCUACAAGUGUUUGAUUGCUUCUGGUCUUCCGGUCAACUUUUGCAAUACUUGGCUUUCGGCAAUUCGUGGUGCUCGCAAAUACUUGAAGUCGGCUUACGGCUUGGGUCGGUCUUUCCAUGUCACCCGUGGUCUUCCCCAAGGUGAUGCGUUAGCGUGUUUUGGCAUGAAUCUCAUCAUGUCCAUCUGGUCCCGUGCUGUGGAAUCUGAAUCUGAUGUCUUUGUCCGUAGCUUUGCUGAUGAUGCAACAGUCGAAGUUGAGCGACCUGACCCAUCCAUUGCGGCCGCCCAGCUGCAGAAGGCUAUCUCGGUUACUGAAGAGUUCACAACCCUGAGUGGCCAAAAACCAAAUGUUGGCAAAUGUCAUGUGUGGUCCACCUCUCGCAAGGGUCGCAAAGCGCUUCGUGGUUUGAAGAUGCUUGGUAAACCUUUAGUGCAAAAGUGGCAUGCAAAAGACCUUGGCUGCCAAACCCUGUUCUGUGGUCCUGCUCGUUCAACUUUCUUGCAAGCCCGUUUUGCAAAAGCCCGCAAGACGGCCAAGCGUGUGCAGUGUGCUCCGUUGAGGCUUGAAGAUAAAGUGCAGUUGGUUACUGGAGCUGCGUCCAGUCUGGCCAACUAUGGUCUUGAAACUUGUUUCAUUGGUGAAAGUGCACUUGCUCGUGUCCGCAGUGCUGUAGUCAUGGCCAUCUGGAAUCAUCGCAGACGGUUUCGUUCGUCGCAUGCAGUGCUGUUGCUCUUCACUCAGUCGCACUUGACCGACCCUUUCCAUGCCCAGGUGUAUCAAUGUCUUACAACCUUGAAACGCUGUCUGUCUCAAAAUCCAGCAGCGCGUGCUAUUUGGGAACCUUGGUGGUUGAAAGCUUCUGGUCGUGACCCUCGUCGUCCUCGUGGCCCCGUCACCUUGUUGUGCAAUGUGGUUCGUCGUAUCAAGUGGUCCUGGGUAUCUGCUUGGACUCUUCGAACUCAUCAGUACAUUGACCUUGACCUUCUAAAUACAGACUCUGACUUGUUUGCGCGUCAUGUUCGUGAAGCUUGUCGUGUGCAUGGUUGGCAGCAGGCACUUGGUCUUCACAAGCACUUUGAAGGAGCCCAAUGUGGUGUUGAUCGCUCGGCCUCUGUUCACUUGUCUGAGCAGAGCUUUCUGUCGACUCAUGAUUGUCGUCUCCUUCGCUCAAUCUUGACGGACGCUGUGUGGACUGCUUCGCGCUUGUAUCAUGCUGGUCGACUCCAGACCUCGGCGUGUCCUUGUGGUCAUGACCACCAAGACACGGAGCAUUUCUUUUGGUUGUGCCCUCACUUACAGGACAUACAAAGCAGGCAUGGUCGCCUUGUCUCUUUGCGUGCCGACACUGGCCCCUGGCCGUCUUGUUUGGAGCUGUGUGGUCUUGUGCCCUUGAAUUUCGAGAUCCCAGGUUACGAUCACAUUCAACUGGCUCAUUUAGUGCAAGCUUACCUGCUUGAUGUGGUGCGUCGCUCAUGGGAUUUGGGUUGGCCGAAUUCAGAUGACAAACCGCAAGAGGAGAGUCAAUCCUCUGCUUUGCCUGUGGAACCCUUGCCUUUGAAGCUUCCGUUGGAACCACCCAAACUGUCAUCUACCACUUUUCCUUGGCCUGAACAGUUCUGUGUGGAUUUGCUUAGCUUCCUGAAGACCUUGACAUGGCCCAAGCAGCCGACCCCUAACGGCAUUUCGUGGGCAGAGUUGGUGGUGAAUUUUGAGAUUGUUACUGGCAAGGCACUUCCUCGCAACCCUGGUCGAAGUCGUGCUAGACACUUGCGUACAUAUGGUGAGGCAGCUGUGCCCCUGCUUGAGGCUCCUGACAAUCUUUACAAGAAAGUUUUGACCCUGUCCAGUGCUUGUCGUUCCUUUGCGCGCCUGAUCGGUGCACCCGUGGUUGUGGGCCGAGAGACUCGAAAUGUUUGUAUUCCUGGUUUGCCGGGAAAACACAGAUACCGUGGCUUGGAUCGUCGUCCAGUGAUGACCAUGGAUGCAGAGACUUCAGAAGCCAUUCGUGCGUGUUUGCAUGACAGGAUCGCGGUUGAGAUCAAUGUUUCCUCGGCAGAUAUCACUGCUGGUCAGACUGGUGCUGCAAAUCCGGCUGAGUUGGCAUACAAAAAAGUGCAUCCGCUCAAGUGGAACACACCUGUUGCUUCUGAUGUAGCCACAUCCGAGGCUGCUGGGGAAACUGUUCCACCUAAGAACAAGUGUGAGGAUCCGAAACCUGUAAAAGACACAAAGACUUCAGACAAUGACACCCAUGAUGCUACUAAGGCAAGUUUUGUGCAUGACAUUCCUGCCAAGCCCGAUUCCAAGGGAAACUAUGUGUGUAAGCGGUGCAAACGAAGUUCAGUGAAAAGUAGCGUUGCUCGGUUUGCCAAGACUCUUUGCUAUGGCUCACAUGCUACCAAUCGAAGUGAUGCGAUUCGUGCCAGUCGCUGUGCUGCUGGUUUGUCCUCCAAAGGACUACCUGACCAUGUUGCACCGCGAUUGCAGGCUUUGCGAAAGUCCAAAGUCAACAUGGCUGACAGUGAGAUUGCUGGAGAAGAGGACACGUUCAUCAGCAAAGUGACAGUAGAGAUCGAGAGUCGCCAGAGCGUGAAGAUGGAAAUGAAAGCCCAGUGGAUGUCGGAAGACAAGCUGCGAGAACAGUUCAAGGAGUGGGACAAGUACGAAUCGAAGACCUUGUAUUGGGUGGAAGAGGAGAUUUCAGCAGAGUGGGAGCAGUUGAGAUCCCGAAGCCAUCGGCAGACUUACCACUACAAUGUUGAGACCCCAGCCGUGGAUGCUAUCACGGAGACGUCGGGAGCAGUGCACUUGGACACGAAUGAGGCCAGGGAAGCCACAGGACUUUCUGCGCCAGGCCAAUCUAGUGAAAGGCCGGCUACUGAGAAGCCCCCUCAUGGUUCGCAGGCUGUUCUCCCAACAGUUCAGAAGAACCAGAAGCCCUCGACCAUGAUUUUGAAAUACAUGGAAGGAAUUUCAAAGCGCAUCGUGAAGAUCCAGGACUUGAAGAACAAGUACGAAAGCAUUCCGGAGGCAUCACGCACCAAUACCCACACCCAGUUCAUCGCGAAGCUUCAGAACCUGAUUGAUGGCUUGGAUGCGAAAAAUGAGAGCAUCAAUGUGGUGUAUUCCCAGGGAGCAGUCGAGGGAUACUCUGAGACGCAUGAAGGUACCUUGAUGGCUCUCUUCAAGGAAGCGAUGAAAGUGUCAUUGCCUCAGCGGAGGGCCCAGGAGUCCGUGAACGUUGAAGCUCGUUCGAAAGCUAUCCCACUCCCGAAGGCGAAAGCCGCUCCUGGCAACGAGUCGAAGCCGAAGCCUAAGGCCCCUGCUACUCGGCUGAAACGCUUUGCUAAAGCUGCCAUUGAAGAAGCCCAAUUUCAGGGCACCUUUGGAACAGGUGCAAUCCGAAGGGCUGGUAAUAUGACUGAAAAAAAAUUGAAGAACUCGGAGCGAGACCUUCUCCGGCUGUUUAGAAACCUGGGUUUGAGUUUGCCAUUAUGCCCCAGCGUUUUCAAAGUUGGAUUGCUCCAUGUGCAUUACUUGUCUUUGGCUUCAUGGUUUCGCUACCUACUCCACAACAGCUCGGAAUUUCUUCUUGGUGGCUUCAAAGCCAACACCUACCAUGCAGGGGUUCUGCUCCAGUCCUUCUGGGAUGCAUUCCGCUUGGACCAUCAUGAUCACUGGGUGUUCCAACAGGAUCAUUUGGAUUUCAAAAAGACGGUGCCAUUUUUUUUACACCUGGACGAAGGCACAGGCCUUCGGAAGAGCGCAGUCAUGGUUUACAACAUGCAAGUCGUCUGGGGGCAAGACACUGCCAAGAAGUUCAAUGAGAUUUUUGUAGGGCAGUCGGGGCGGACUGAGCGGGAUGUGGCGCAAUACAUGCUAGAAGCCCAAACGCAUAACCAGAGGGGGUCUACCUACACCACGAGGUACCUCUAUACAAUCCUGCCCAAACGGUGGUACACCAAGAAGUUUGUGCGAGUCUAUGACCUAGUAUUGAAAAAAUUGACUGAGGAGUCUUGCACAUUGGCAAGCGAGGGCAUUGCAGGCUGGCAUUUCGUUUGCCUUGGUAUGAAGGGAGAUGCCCCGGCUCUUGCCAAGGCAGGCCACCUGAACCGAAGUUUCCAGACUCUAGCCUUCACUUACUAA